UACUACUCCAGCAUUCUACACAGCUUCCCAGGGAAAGCUGACCUUCUUCCCGUGCCACCAUGAAAUUCUUCACUGUCCUGCUAUUUGCCAGCCUUGCUGCCACCUCUCUUGCUGGCCUGCCUGGGUUCAAAGAUGAACUCCACAUGGAGACUCAGCCCACAGAUUCCAUUCCAGCUACCCAGUCCAACAAGGAGAGUACUUCCAGUAAUGUCCUUUCCAAGGAGUCUUCUAUUGUCAGAGAAGAGCUGAUUUCCAAAGAUAAUGUGGUGAUAGAAUCUACCAAACCAGAGAAUCAAGAGGCCCAGUAUGGGCUCAGGAGUGGAUUGUCUCAGCUGGAAGAGACCACAAGACCCACCAUCUCAGCUGCAACCACCUCAGAUGAAAAACUGACCAAGUCAAGCCAGACAGUGGAGAAAGGACUGGGUAAAAUAAUUGAAGGACUUAUAAGUAGUACAGAAAGCAUAAUCCCUGGUGCCAAUGAAGUCAUUAAGCCAUGAAGACAAAAACGCCUAAUCACUAAGUCUCAUGCUAGGUGGUGCCUUCAUCACCCACAUUCUGCUCAUCUGAUUACCACCUCUCGGUCUACCCUUUGGUAUCCUACAUUAAAAUAUUGCAACCUAAA